UGCUGUUGUUUGACUUGUGGAAUGACCUUUCAUCAUUUGUUGUCAACAAGACUAUUUGAUGCUAAUGAUAGUGAGUGGACAGUUUUAGUUUCAUCUUGGCCAGUGAGUGAUCAGUAGUUAGAGAACCGUGUCUACUAAAACUACCGGUACUGGAUGUUUCAUUUUCAACUUAAAAGAUAUCACGAAAUAAACUUUAUGCAGUGUAAGUAGUAAUCGAGAAAAUGUUGUCCCUUAGAGUUUUAAGGGCCAAACUUAAAGAUUUUACAAGGUUAAUUUGGACAGUGGAAACCAGAGAUGAUGAUUUAGUUUUGAAAGAUGAGAAGAAGGAACAUCGCUUUCCUUACCUUUGGCUCAGGGACAAUUGUCAGUGCGGCUCGUGCUUUCAUGAAGCUUCUCAUUCGAGAAUCAUCGACAUUGAGCAUUUUGACUUCAACGCUCAGCCUUUGGAAGCAACACUAGCCAAUGACAAAGUGAACGUGAGAUGGCACGACUCACACUCAAGCAGCUACCAACUUAGCUGGCUUCUAGAGCGUCAGUUCAACCCCGACCAAGCAACUGACAAUUACCAACCUCAUCCCAGACCAUGGAGUGCUGAAGACUUUUCAAAAAUACUACGGAGAUUCCAAUACCAUCAAUUGCUGGACAGUGACUCUGUGCUCUUAGAUUGGCUAGAGAGUCUAGCUGUUGAUGGGGUGGCUUUAGUAGAAGGAGCACAAACUCGCCCAGGCCAGAUACAACCCUUGGCAGACAAAGUGGCGUUCCUCAAGAAAACUUACUACGGAGAAACAUUUACUGUACAAGCUAAGCCAGGGACAAGUAACGUAGCAUAUCUGAGUGGCUCAUUGCAACUACAUACCGAUCUACCUUACUACCACUACAAGCCUGGGGUGAACAUGCUCCACUGCAUAGUCCAGGCCGCUGGCUUUGGAGGCCAGAGUAUCCUAGCCGAUGGUCUGGAGGCGUGUGAUUGGCUGCGUGAAACUCAUCCCCAACACUACUGGAUCCUCACAACAGUAAAUGUAGACUGGGAAGAUAUUGUGGAAGAAGACGGACGACGCUUCCACACCAUCUACAGAGCUCCUGUCAUAUGUGAGAACAACAGAGGGGAAGUGGAGAGAAUCAACUGGAGUCAGCCACAGAGAUCGUCUCACUUCCAUGUCCCUGUAGCUCAAGUGUCUCCAUGGUAUAGAGCUGUACAGCAGUUCACACAUUACAUACACAGUCACAACUGCAAAGUCCAACUCAGGAUCAAUCCUGGAGACAUUCUGACGUUCAACAACCUCCGAGUGCUACAUGGCCGCAGUGACUACAAGGGUGAGAGACACUUGGAAGGGGCAUAUUUGGACUGGGAUCUGGUCUACUCCCGGAUCAGAGUCCUGAAGGAACAAUCCGGACUAUCCUGACAAUCACAGCUGAGGGAGGUCCCUGCAGAAGUUCUCAAGGCUCCCUAUGAAUGAUAUAGCAGGUGUAGUCCAUAAAUGGAUCUUUGUUCCAUAAGAGCAUGCACAGUAAAAGGUCCAUGGGUGAAUCUUAAGUUCAUAAUAAGUAGAUCCAUGGUCUAAAAAAAGUGGAUCUGUCGACUACCAGCGUUCUUCUUCACUUGACAGAAAGUUGUAGUAGGCAAACAAGCAAAUAAAUAAUUCAAGUGGCAAGUGUUCUGAUAAAUAAUUGUUUUUUUCUAAAAAUGUUUAGAGCAACAAACAAAUUUAGUAAGAUAAAUGUAUGUGGCAGGUUUAUUUCAAUUUCAAUUCUAAAUCGGAACAAAACAAUUUUUGUUCUUGUUUUUAAUUUAUUAUUCAAAUUUAGUAAGGACUUUUUACUGUUACUUGCUACAUGGGUCGAGUUUGUAAUAUGUAUUAUAUUGUAUCUUUUGAUCUUGUACCACUUAUAUGAUUAGAAUCGUAUAUAAUUCUCGUGGAAUGUUUCAAUAUCAAUGAGUUCUGCUUCUAAAUGAAGUACUUACUUUUCCUUAUACUAGCAGAGUUCUCGCUCACUUGAUAUAUAUUAAUAAAGUCAAAAUGAGUUUAUGGUGGGUUAUAGUUACCUUUACUAUUGUUUUACUUUACUUCUGCACAUUCUCCUUAGAAAUCUCAUAUUAUAAGGAAACAUUAUUACAUAAAAAUAAAUUUUAGUAGGCCUAUCUAGAUUUAUUUUGUAUUUAAAUGUUAAAUGUUAAGCAGUGUAGUUGUAGGUUCAAGGUUGCACACAAACUCCAAUGUAUUGUAUUAUUAGAGUUUGUCAGCAAAAUAAGUUUACUCAUUCUUUAAAAUAUUGUAGCAAUAUCGUGAAGGCAACAUUCUUAUAGUACAUAUUUUGUGCCAAAUAAGAAUGUGGAUACAAGAAUGUUAAUGUAAAUAAAAAUUAGUUUUAUUGUUGUAUUACUGUAGGCUA